UGUAGAAAAUAGUAAAGUAAAGUUGGACACUAAUUAUAAAUAGGGCACACAUUCCUCAAUCUUGCACAGGAUCCCAUGAUGGAAGAAGAGAGAAUUAUAAUGGGUGCACUACUGUCCGCCCUGAGCCACCCUCGGCUCUCAGAUCUCACCCACUCCAUCCUUUCUGCCACCCACCACCAGUGCCACCGGCUCUCCUCCAUCGUCUCCUCCCCCUCCCUCUUCUCCCUCACCCUCCACCACCUCCACUCCCUCACUCUCCCAGACAAAACCCUCCUCAUCGCUCGCCACCUCCUCGUCUCUCUACACCAUCUCACACGUUACGUGUACCCAUCACCAUCACAAGCCUCAACGGGCAUGAACCAGCGUGAUCUGGAUGCAGCCCUGCUCCUCCUCCUGCUGUGCGAGGUCCAGCAGCACAACCCGGAAACACUGAGAGAGCCUGUGAAGCGAUGGCAAGGAGUCCUGAGUGAAGUGUUGUGCAAUAGAAUGCUAUCAAUCUCCGGGGUAGGUGUUGGUGUCAUUCCGUUUGUUGAGAUGGUGACGAGGAGUUUGAGGUUUGUUGGUGGAAUGGGUUGUUGCUGUUGUGGUGGUGAGAAGGAAGGAACUUAUGAGGUGGCGGCUUCACGGGAGGCCGUGAUUGCAUUGCCUUCAGUGGAGGUGGAGGUUAGAGAGGGACAAGUAGUGGUGGAGAAAUGUGUGAUAUGUCGAGAGGAAAUGAAACAAGGGAGAGAGGUUUGUGAGUUGCCGUGCGGGCAUUUGUUUCACUGGAUAUGCAUUCUGCCAUGGCUGACCAAGAGGAGCACCUGUCCAUGUUGCAGGUUCCAGCUUCCCACGGAUGAUGUUUUCUGCGAGAUCCAACGCCUCUGGAGCAGUCUUCUCCUCAACCAUUCAUUAUCUCAUGGUGUGGGUUCAUCAUCAUAAAAAUUAAAAUGAAUGGUCCUGUAUGGUUUUAACUGAUUAGAUUGAGAGCCUAGCUAGAGAUCCGUGUGAUUGAUGUUAUGUACUGAUAAAGACACGUGUGGAUGUGGUGAAUUAUAACGAUCGAUGAAUUCGUGUAGCUAAAUAAUAUCACAAUAUAAACAGAUGUUUCAUU